AAAAAAAAUUUCUUAAACGAAGCUUUAAAAAUGCUUAAGGUUAAAAUAGAAAAUAAAGAAAAUGGCUCGAAAUUUCAUAAAGAUGCUCAUUUAGAUACUAAAUUAUCAGAUUUUCGCAAAGAACUUGAAGAAACUGAUGAGAUCAAUGACAAAUUAUCAUUUUCACAAAAAUUUGAUGAUGAUUUUGCUGUUGAAAUAUCACGUGUAAAUGAAGACGAUUUUAUGUUGAAAGAUUUCAUGGAAGAAUUCACUGAAGGUUCGAACGAAAUAGAUAUGUUUUUAGUAACAACAACUUACUGGAAGUUUUUGAAUAAAUUGAACCAAUUGGAUAGGGGGUGGAUGAUAACCUCAGAAGGGAUCGAAAGAGCGAAUAAACAAGCUCUUAUAUUGCAUUCUGCUAAAAUAGUAGAAGUUAACGCUGUUAACGCUGAAAAACAAGUUACAGUUUCAUAUAAAUAUGAAAAAGAUAUGAAACGAUUUUAUAUUACCGACAAGAAUGUACCAAAUUUCGCGGGACGGUCAAAAAAAAACGGCAAAAGUGCUUCACCUUCCAAAUAUACUGUAAAAUAUACUGUAUAUGAAAAAGCACGUUUUGAAAUUGAUAAAUUAAAAGCGAGCGUCGCUUUUAUCGAAGAGGUAAAAAACGCCAUAGAAGACGGAAAAAUAGAAAAAUUUGAAAAAAUUACUGAAAAAUAUGGUCAAUUCAUUCCUACUAAAAUUAUCCUUGGCGGUCUAAUAGAAAAUGAUGAGAAACAAUUGAAGUAUUGUAGAUAUUGGGAUUGCAUAGAAUUUCAAGAACAAAAGAGUGUAUUUCACUUUGUUGAUGCUGGUUUACGUAAAAAAAUAUAUUCGAUUUUUGGAAAAAAAAUUCUUUAUUCUCUUAUAACUAUCGAAAAAGAUGAUAGUGUUAAUGAUGAAAAUAUAGAUGAUAAUUAUAAAGUGAAUAAAAUUAAAUUACCAUCAGAAGUCUCAAACAUUAUUUCAAACAACGCCGACUGUUCUAUCUUUGCAACGGCUGUUGGUAUGAAUUAUUGUUAUCAUUGUCAAAUCCUUACUUCACCUGGUAAGGAACCAGAACUUAUGGUUCAUUGUCUUGAAGAAAGAAGUGAUGACACGGAAAUUUUAAUUAGAUGGAUAGUUAUCGGUUAUGAUACAUAUUUAAAACCCAACAUAAAAUUUGAAUCCAUGAAAUUAAAAGUCUUGAGAAAGGAUUAUAUGCCGUAUGAUGAAUGUAAUCAUAAGAUGUUUGAAUUAUUAGAUUCAUCGGACUAUUAUUGCGUAGGAAUUCCCGUUGUUGAUAAAAAGGAUUCAUUAAUUGGACAUUGUUUUUCUAACGAUUACAAAGAAUUAAAUACAUUUGCUUAUUCAUUAAGAGAAAAAAGAUGUGAGAGGCUACCCAAGUUUAGCUUCAAUGUACUUGCCAUACCAAAAAAAGAUACUACUUUAACAGAACAGAUUAAGUUGUUUGAGAAAGAUAUGAAUGACAGUAUUAUUACCGUUGGAAAGUAUUGUGAUAAUGAAUUUAAUGAAUUAAAUUUAAAAAAAUUUCCGAAAUUUAUUAGUAUAUGUUUAAAUAAAAGUGAGCAAAUUCUCUUGAAACAACGGUUAGCACAAAUUAAAGUUAAGUUCCUUGGUGAAAAUUCGCAGCGUGAUUUUAAAUGUUUAUUCUUGAUUCCAUUUGAAAGUGAUGAUGAUCUUACCACCGAGACUCUUGAUACCCUUAAGAAUUAUUAUGUCAAUUCACAUGGCAAACUAAAUGAAGUACUCUCAAAUGUCUCAAGCGGAGUACUCUCAAAUGUCACAAGCGGAGGGGUUAAAUUGAUCAAGAAACUUACACCACGCAGGAAUAGUAAGGAAACAAAUGGGAAACUAGAAACCAAAUGAGAAGUAGAUGAUAGUACGAAGAAGCCAAAUGAUAGUACGACAAACACUACGACGAACACUACGGCGGAACUACGGCGGAACCAAAUGAUAGCGGUAUGGUUAUUUUUAUCUAUACAGUAUAGUAAAUUAAUCUAUACCGCAGAUAUGAAUGAAUAUUUCUUAAUACCAUACCAUACUCAUAAUGCAAAUUAAUGCCGAUUUUGGACCACUAUAAAAAAUGGCGAAAUAUAUAUACUCAAUGAAAAAAUCGCAAUU